AUGGCAACUCCACAAUGCAGGCGGCUGGUCCGCCAGCGGCGGCCGAGAAUCCAGCAUCCGGGGGGAGACAUGACCCCGGCAAUGAACACAGGCGCAUCGGCUUCAGAGCCGGGUAACAACUCAGCCCAGCCCGGCUCACCAUCCGCGGCGGCCCAGAUGGAAGCGCCCAGUGCCAAUCAGGCCCCGAGCCGAGCCCCAAAUGUCGCGGCAGUGCAGGCUCAGGGCAUGAAAAUGGAGAUAGAUCCAGCGGCUGGAGACCUGCUUGGCGGCAACCCGCCCAACAAGAGUGUCGACUUGCCCGUCACGGUCUUCUUCCUACUUCUCUUCCUCCUAGGGGCAUUCACACACAUCUCAAUCUACAGGGCAAACGCGAAACGCGGGCACAAGUUCUUGCUGUCGGAUCUCAUGUUCGACUUCUGUAUGAUUCGAUCAGUCACAUCGGCUCAGAUAUUCUUCAAUGGAGGAGCGGCUGUCAUCUUUGUGGUGAACAUAUUUUUCGCCCAGCGCAUUGUCCGCUCGAUGCAUCCCGGCGUCGGCUGGUCUGUCCCCUUCAGCCUGGGCACAGUAAUCCUUGCCAUUUCCGUCCCGCCAGUUAUCAUCCUGCAGAUCACGUCAAUCAGUGUGUUCUUCCUCUCCACGGACAACCCGGACCGCGCCGACGCUGCCGUGGCCCUCCUGAAGACCGGCUCAUCAUGGAACAUCUGGCUUGUCUCCUUCCCCUUCCUGGUCACCUUCUUAGCAUGCUCCAUCCCGGGACCGAAGCCAGAAAAAUUCGGAAGUGGCAACCUGAGGGUUAAGACAUCGCUGGCCAUGCUCGGCGCCGCGCUGCUGGCCACGGGCGCGACCGUGCGGACAUAUGCCACCUUCAACCCACGCCCUCCAAACAGCGGCGACGUGCUGUACAGCAAGCCGGUCUUCUACAUCACGCAGUUCUCGUUUGAGAUAAUCGUCGUCGCGCUGUACGCGUUUGCCCGGAUCGACCUGCUCUUCCACGUCCCCAACGGGUCGUCACAGCCGGGCGACUACUCGGCGAACAGGGCCGCCGACACAGAGAAGGCCGUGGUGCUGUCCCGCGGCCUGAUCCGCGACAAGAUAGAGGAGACCGGCCUCCACCACCAGAUCCUCAAGCCUUUGUACACCUCAUCAUUCAUGCAGACCGGCGCGGAGCCCGUCUUCGCCGUGUUCUACCCGUCAGCCACUGACGCUGCGUCGCUGGUGGGGAUGGCGCAGGACAUGGCGAACGAGGGCAAGCUGCCCCCGAGGCCGGCGGACAGGGUCAGCCGGCGGCAGUCUGUCGAGGAAGUGUUCAGGUCCACGUCGAGCGCGUCGAGACGGCCUCUGCAGGGUAACUUUGGGCUUCCGGCUCAGCCUCGACCGCCCCGGCCCCCGAGGACGACACAGUCAAUGUACCGCACAUCUGACGACACGAGCGAUUCUCCAACGCCUCCUGCGUAUCAAAAUUGA